CCAUAUUUAGUGAUUUGUAUUUUAUCGUCACCAGCAACGAAAAGUUUAAAACUACGCAGAGCGAUUCGACGAACUUGGGCUUCCAGUACUUAUAAUGGUCAAGUGCGUUUUAUAUUUUUUGUUGGUCAUAGUAAGGUUUUAGAGAAAAAAAAUCAAAGUAAGCUGAUGGAGGAAAGCAAUCUCCAUGGUGAUAUAGUUAUUAUAGACUAUGAAGAUAAAUACCGUAGAAUAAAUUAUAAAAGUGUUUCAAUUUUAAAAUGGUGUUCAAAUUAUUGUUUAAAUUCUCGAUAUAUUGCUAAAGUUGAUGAAGACAUGUUUCUAGAUCUUCCCAAUUUAUUAUCAUUGUUAAACUCUAUAGAGAUUCCAAAAGUAAUACUUGGGUUUGUGAUAAGCAAUGGAAAACCAAUCCGAAAUACAAAACAUAAAUGGUAUGUAUCUGAACAAAUAUAUAGAUAUGAACACUAUCCUGUGUAUAUUAGUGGUACCACAUAUGUUAUAUCUUCAGACUUAUUAUCAGGAUUGUUACUUGCUGCCAGUCAAUCACCAACCAUUCCCAAUGAAGAUGUUUACAUCACUGGUAUAUGUGGCAAAAAAGCUGGUGCAACACUGUUAGGACAUUGUGGAUUUAAUACGUCAAAAUUGCCAGUUUUCAUGUGGGCAUUUAAAUUAAAUGUCAAUGCACAUCACUACACUCCUAAGGAGUUUCAGGAAAUAUGGAAU